AGUAAACAAAUAGGCCACUCAAGAAACUCUACGCAUGGGAUCGAAAUCUUGAUUUCAACAUUAGAAGUCUAGAAUAUAAUACUAUUACAAAAGUUUUUAAAUGUGUGGGAUAUUUUUUUGUUGCUGUUUGUCACACAAAACUCAAGCCACGACCAACCAUGUGAACAGUAAUAUUCAUAUUGUUAGAUCAAGAAACAAUGAAACGUUUCACUGCCAAUCCUGCUAUCCGAGUUCUGAACUCAAAGUUUCAGAAUCCGGCGUUGAUGAUCAUGGCCAUGGGGCAUCUCCUACUUCAGCAUCAACAAGUGGCACUCAUCCUGAUUGUAUAAGGAUUCCUCUGCUUGAACAUCGUGGACCAGAUCAAUCUCAACAUCACGUUUUCCCUCUGUCUAGAAACAGUCAAGGUGUAAUGCAAGGUUAUGUCCUACAUUUACGAGGUAUUUUAACACCCCAGCCUGUCACUGAUGACGAAGGCAACGCUUUACUGUGGAAUGGUGAAAUAUUUGGUGGCAUCCAGGUUAAAAGUGAUGAAAAUGAUACUCAAGUUCUCUUUGGAAUAUUGUCUCAAUGUACGACUGAUGAAAUUAUUGUAAAAGCAUUUAAAGCUAUUCAAGGACCAUGGGCCUUUGUCUACUGGCAAGCAAAUGCUAAGAAGCUUUGGUUUGGCAGAGAUAAGUACGGCCGAAGAAGUCUCUUAUGGCAUCAUCCAUCAUCUUUAUCAGACCAGUUCAUAUUAUCAUCUGUUGCAGUACCAGACAUGGUUUUUUCUGAAAUUCCAUCAGUUGGCAUAUUUAACCUGGACUUCUCCUGCGUCGAUGUCGUAGAAGAAAACGAAACACCUACACUGACACUCCACCCAUGGAAAGGAUCCAGGUGGCCGGCUACAGUUCAGAAAGUGGAAGACACUGAAGAAAACAAUGUCCUAACAUUUUUAUACCCUCCUGGGCCCUCAUGUCUCCCUGUCAUUGUUGACAAGAGAUGUCUUCUUGACUGCUGGAUACCAGAUCUAAAUCAGGAAAUACCCGGCUCAGAUGUACUGACACCAGAUCACUGUACAUAUUGUUGUACAAAUGCUGAAGAGAUGCUGUUGAAUAUACUGCAGGAACAUACAGAGCUGGAUUUGCUGGCUGAGAAACUCAUUCACGUCUUGCAGGCAGCUGUCAGUGUCAGAGUAAAUGACAUCCCAGAACAUGUAUGUUCAGCUACUAAUCAUGCAUCAGUUAACCUGAAUACUGACAAGGAAAAUCUUGCUAGAUAUACAGCGUACUCACAAGCCAAGGUGGCAAUUCUCUUUUCUGGUGGAUUGGAUUCAACUGUUCUGGCUGCUUUAGCUGACAGAUGCAUCCCAGAAGAUGAACCUAUCGACCUACUGAAUGUUGCAUUUGAACAAGCUGCGCCUAGGAAGUGUAACCCUAAUCUUAAAAAGAAACAAAAAGAUUUCAAGAAAAGAAACAAAACUACAAAAAAUCAACACAACUAUAACAAAUCAAUCAAUGAUGAACUUCCUUCAGCCUCUAUCUCUUCAUCAUCCGGUGUCUGUGCAUCAAGUCAGCAGUUUGGGACUACACAGAUAAAACAUGACAUCACUACAAAUACGAACUGCCCUGUCAUUGAUGCUGAGUCACAGCUGGGUAAUGUAAAGCUUUCAGAUUCAUCUGGACUUGCAUGCAGUUUCUGUAACAGUACCGUUACAACACAGAGCAAAGCUGAUAAAUUUGAUACCAGUUACACAGAGGUAGGGACAGUUAGCGUGUGUGAAACAUGUCAUCAGCACCCUAGUCCAAACAUCACUUCUCCUAACAUCACUGAAGUUAGCUCUCAACAUCCUAGUCUAAACAUGGCUUCUUCAAACUUCACAGAUGAAGUUAUACAUGAAGGUUCAUAUGAAGAGCCUCAAUCAUCUUCCUACGAAGUGCCUGACAGAGUGACUGGUAGAAUAGCUCUCUCGGAAUUGAACCCCAGGCGACAAUGGAAUUUUAUAGAAGUUAACGUAACACAAUCUGAAGUCCAGAGUCUCAGACAGUCUCGCAUCCGUCAGCUGAUCUACCCCCUUCACACUGUGCUAGACGACAGUAUCGGGUGUGCUGUUUGGUUUGCUGCUCGUGGGCAAGGUGUGCUGGCCAAUGAUAAAAAACAAAAGAUAACCAGCCAGGCGAGGGUUAUUCUCUGCGGUAUGGCUGCCGAUGAACAGUUUGCUGGGUACUCUCGUCACCGAGUCACAUUUAGCACUAGAGGAUGGGCUGGUCUAGUGUCAGAGAUCCAAGAAGAAAUGUGGAGGAUUUCUGCUAGAAACCUUGGACGAGAUGACAGGAUUAUUACAGACCAUGGAAAAGAAGGCAGGUUUCCAUUUUUAGAUGAAAUUUUCACAGAAUUCAUUAGCGAGAUACCACUGUAUAAAAGAGCUGAUUUGAAUUUACCUAGAGGUAUUGGCGAAAAGCUCUUGUUGAGAUUAAGUGCUGUCAAACUUGGGCUGAUCAAAACAGCAACACAACCCAAAAGAGCUAUCCAGUUUGGCUCAAAAAUUGCAAAAAUGGACAACAAAAAGGAAAAAGGAACUGAUGUUUGUGAAAGGCUUAUAUAAUAGCUUAGAAAUAUAAGUAUGUUCAUUUUAAAUUUGUCAAACAUAAUAAAGUUUUAACACUUAAAAUUAGUUUGAAAGUUGUUAAUUUUAUGUGUAAAAUUGUUGAUGUUAUUGUCAAGUUUUAAGAAAGAAACUAAUUUUUUAAAUAAUAAAUUGUUGUGGUUUAACAAACUAUAUACAAGGGAGACAAUUAAUUUUAGUAAUCUAAAUUCUAUCUUUGACAAGACAUCUAUUUUGUUAAUGUUCAGAAUGUAGUAACUAUUUCACGAACAUGUUUUCAUGUCAAAUAAAAUGCUUUUAAAACCGUGAAAUUUUAAU